GAUUACGUUGAUAAGGAGAAAGCAAUUGCCAAGGCUUUGGAAGACCUCAGAGCCAACUUCUACUGUGAACUCUGUGACAAGCAGUACCAAAAGCAUCAAGAGUUUGACAACCACAUCAACUCGUACGAUCACGCCCACAAGCAGAGGUUGAAAGAUCUCAAGCAAAGGGAAUUCGCUCGCAAUGUCUCCUCGAGGUCCCGUAAAGACGAGAGGAAGCAGGAGAGAGCGCUGCGGCGCCUGCACGAGCUGGCUGAGCAGAGGAGACAGCCCGGAUGCGCUCCUGGGAGCGGACCCAUGUUCAGAACCACCACGGUGGCUGUGGAUGAGGAAGGUGGAGACGAUGACGAUCCUGCAGCCAACAGCAGCUCUUUCAUCCAGACGACUUCUGGCCAAGCCUCAGAGAUGACGACGGACAGAGGUUUCCUCAGCAUUGGACAAGUUGGUGGCAGUGUUCCAGCCAGCCAGACGCCCGUCCAGCCAGCCCAAGCCAUCAGCUUCGGCAUCAAGAGCGCCCUGGGGACGCCGCUGCAGAAGAUCGGCGUCUCCUUCUCGUUUGCUAAGAAGACCCCGGUGAAGCUCGAGACCAUCGCUUCCGUUUUCAAGGACCACGUGGAAGAAUCAAGUUCUGCAGAUGGAGCAAAAGGGGAUGAGAGAGGGUCCUCGGACACAGGCAGCCUGCAGAAAUCUGGCGAGGGUGAGAACACAAAUAAUUCGGAGGGCAAGGCGGAGGAAGAUGAGCAGCAUGACAAGGACAGCGGGUCUCUAGCCACUACGUUAUCUAAACUGAAAAAGAUGAGACGAGAAGAUGGACCAAUGGCAGUGGAACCAGAAUAUUACCACUAUAUUCCCCCAGCCCACUGUAAAGUAAAGCCUAAUUUUCAAUUCCUGCUUUUCAUGAAGUCUACUGAACAAAUGGAAGCUGAAAAUGUGAACAAAAAAAACACGCAUGAAGCUAAAAAGGGCAGUUCUCCAAAACCCAAGCCUGGGAAGCACGUGGAGAAGGCUGCUGAGACCACGGGGCAGCAGAAGGAGCAGAGCGUGACUGAAGCUGCGGCUCAGCAGAGCAAGGCAGAGCUGAAGGAACCUGUAGAAAAUGUGAGUGUGCAGGAGAACAAGUGUCUUACAGAGAGUGAUCUCCCCGAGCCAGACGCUGAUAAAGAAGUCGCUCAGCCCGGCCCGGGCUGUAAGGAUGUCUCUGAAGGACCAAAGCAUCCGACAGGACCUUUUUUCCCUGUUCUGAGUAAAGAUGAGAGCACGACUCUGCAGUGGCCUUCAGAGCUCCUCAUAUUUACCAAAGCAGAGCCGUCGGUUUCGUACAGCUGCAACCCCCUGUAUUUUGACUUCAAGCUCUCCCGCAACAAAGAUGGUAAAAGCAAAGGGGCGGAGAAGACGAAGGAGCCAGGGGGUCUUUGUAAAGAAAGCGUCCAGAGCGCAGAAUCUGGUGAGAUCAACAAGCCCAGGGAGGCAGAAAUGGCAGCUAACAGUUCUGCUCUAAAAAUGGAAAACAAAUCCUUGUCCGCCUGUGGCUCCCAGAGCAAGCAGGAGUCGGGUUUGGCAGCUGUGAGUAAGGGAGAGGGAGAGGAGAGUGGUAAAAGCGCCGCUGGGAGGAGUAAAUCUGGAAGAUCCCAUAAACACAAAAAGAAAAAGAAGCACAAAAAGUCCGGCAAACACAAACGGAAACACAAGGAGGAAGCUGAUGAGAAGGGCCGAAAAACUGACCCAGGGGAAGAGAAGCCCAAGAAACGGAGAAGACACAGGCACAAAAAAGGCAAACCCUCCCUUCCGACCGAAUCGGACCGAGCGCUGAAAAGCGAGCUGCCCGAGGACUGCGGCCAUUUCCCCAGGAAGCGGCGCUGCCCUCCGGAGGCCCAGAGGAAGUCUCUGUCUGCCGAGGAGGGAAGCAGCGGU